CGGAAGGGUCACGCGGAGUUCGACCGCCGCCAUCUUUGGUCCAGUGCUGCGGCAGCGGCUGCUGUGGUGAAGGAAGAGGAGGAGCCGACGGGCGCUGGCACUGAGGCGAGACGAUGGACGAGGAGUACGAUGUGAUCGUGCUGGGAACCGGCCUCACUGAGUGUAUCCUGUCAGGCAUCAUGUCCGUGAAUGGGAAGAAAGUGCUGCACAUGGACCGGAACCCCUACUAUGGGGGUGAGAGCUCUUCUAUCACACCCCUAGAGGAGCUGUAUAAACGGUUUCAAUUGCUGGAUGGGCCCUCUGAGGCAAUGGGCCGGGGCCGAGACUGGAACGUGGACCUGAUCCCCAAAUUCCUCAUGGCCAAUGGGCAGUUGGUAAAGAUGCUGCUGUAUACAGAGGUGACACGCUAUCUGGACUUCAAGGUGGUGGAGGGCAGCUUUGUCUACAAAGGGGGCAAGAUCUACAAAGUACCAUCCACUGAGACUGAAGCGUUGGCUUCCAAUCUGAUGGGCAUGUUUGAGAAACGGCGCUUCCGCAAGUUCCUGGUGUUUGUGGCGAACUUUGAUGAGAAUGACCCCAAGACAUUUGAAGGUGUUGACCCCCAGAACACCAGCAUGCGCGAUGUCUACCGGAAGUUUGACCUGGGCCAGGACGUCAUUGACUUCACCGGCCAUGCCCUGGCACUCUACCGCACCGAUGACUACCUGGACCAGCCCUGUCUUGAGACCAUCAAUCGCAUCAAGUUGUAUAGCGAGUCCCUGGCCCGGUAUGGCAAGAGCCCAUAUUUAUACCCGCUCUACGGCCUUGGCGAGCUGCCCCAGGGCUUUGCAAGAUUGAGUGCUAUCUAUGGGGGGACGUAUAUGCUGAACAAACCUGUGGACGACAUCAUCAUGGAGAAUGGCAAGGUGGUGGGUGUGAAGUCUGAGGGAGAGGUGGCCCGCUGCAAGCAGCUGAUCUGUGACCCCAGCUACAUUCCAGACCGUGUUCGGAAGGCCGGCCAGGUUAUCCGCAUCAUCUGUAUCCUCAGCCACCCCAUCAAGAACACUAACGAUGCCAACUCCUGCCAGAUCAUCAUCCCCCAGAACCAGGUCAACAGGAAGUCAGACAUCUACGUAUGCAUGAUUUCCUAUGCACACAAUGUGGCUGCGCAGGGCAAGUACAUAGCCAUCGCCAGUACCACAGUGGAGACUGGGGAGCCUGAAAAGGAGAUUGAGCCAGCCCUGGAGCUGCUGGAGCCCAUUGACCAGAAGUUUGUAGCCAUCAGUGACUUGUAUGAGCCCAUCGACGAUGGUUCUGAGAGCCAGGUGUUCUGCUCCUGCUCCUAUGAUGCUACUACACACUUCGAGACAACCUGCAAUGACAUUAAAGACAUCUACAAGCGCAUGGCAGGCUCUGCCUUUGACUUUGAGAACAUGAAGCGCAAACAGAACGAUGUCUUUGGAGAAGCUGACCAGUGAUUGCCGACCCCCCCCGUCCCCCCCUUGGCACCCUCUUCCUUCACCUGAGUCUUUUCUCCUGGAGGCUGGGGAGAUGGGUGUGGCUGGGCACCCCUGUUUCCAGCAUCCUUUGCUUCCCUCACCACAUUCCUGUUUCCCACCUCAUUGACUGACUGACCAAAUCCUUAACCUUAGUGGUUUGGGAGACAGGGGUUUGGAUAGCAUACUCUUUCUUGGCCCACCCUUAUCCUCGAAGAGGGUUCCUCUUGUGUGUGUCUCCCCCCUCACCUCUAAUUCUUCUGCUCUCUUUGGGAAGAACGGGGAGGAAAAGCUCACUUCUGCCCCCACCACUCUUAACCCCACUGUAGUGGCCUUUGGAGAUGCCCCCGCCUCCCCCCACCAACUCUCUUGUGUGUUGGAAAGAAGGGGCCCUCCCAGCACAAAGUUGCAUUCCCCCCUUUCCCGUUAAUUUAUUCUAAUUUAUUAACUUUGGCCCACCCUGUCUGAGAAGGAAGUCCUGUUCCCCUCAACCUGUAGCCUUCUGGUAUGGCCUGGGAGGGGAGAGGGCUUGGGUAUGGCCCCGUUAGAGGAUGGUUUUGCUGUUCUUUUUUUGUGUGUGUGUCCUCUGGUAAUUGCUGAGAGAAAAGAAACGUGAGCAAAGCAAAAGGAGGUGGGAAAAUGGAUCCAAACCCCUGUGCUCCACCCUUUCCCUAGCCUUUCCCUUUGUGGUGGGAAACCCUUAUGCAAAGUGAAUGUGUCCCCUUCCCCAACCUCUAGUGUAUUUCACAGAAAAAAGCUCCCAAUAAAACCGUGUUGAAACCUGAA